CAAUAAAAAUAUAAAAUCUAGCUAAACCAUCAGAGAAGCAGCGAAAAUUCGAAAACUUUAAAGGAGGAGAAAAAAGAAGGGAGAAAAAUAUGGGUAUUUUAUCGGAUGACGUUGUGAUAAUCAGGCAGUCGGAAAAAGAAGGCGACCCGAGUGUUAUCACCAUCAAUUGUCCAGACAAAACUGGUCUUGGUUGUGACCUCUGUCGUAUCCUCCUCUUCUUUGGUCUCAACAUUGUCAGAGGAGAUGUAUCCACUGACGGUAAAUGGUGUUACCUGGUCUUUUGGGUGAUUGGGAAACCAAACACGAGAUGGAAUCUGUUGAAGAUGAGACUUGUAGAGGCAAGCCCUUCCUUUUCUUGGGCCUUUGGUAUCUCAAGAAGUUACCUCUCUGACUCUGAGUUACAGCCUCUCAAGCUUCCUGAUCUUUUCCUUCUGAAGCUAGCUUGUUCUGACCGCACAGGGCUUCUGUAUGAUGUCACAGAGGUUCUUUACAAGCUUGAGAUUAACAUUGAGAAAGUGAAGAUAUCGACUACCCCUGAUGGAAAAGUGAUGGACUUGUUCUUUGUCACAGACACUAGAGAGCUUUUAGGUACGGAGAAGAGGCGAGACGAAGUGUAUGAGUGCUUGAAAGAUGCCAUAGGAGAUUCAAUGAUGAGCUAUGACAUUGAACUUGUUGGCCCAGAAAUCACUGCUCGCUCGCCGGCUUCCUCGUCGGUUGCAGAAACAUUGUUCUCCUCGGAUGUGUUAGCCGAGCACUCAAGUGGGUUACACACUUCGAGCAGUGUGUCUAUUGCAGUUGACAACUCACUAAGCCCAGGUCACACCCUCAUUCAAAUCACUUGUCAAGAUCAUAAAGGCCUUCUUUAUGAUAUUAUGAGAACCUUCAAGGAUUUCAACAUUCAGAUCUCAUAUGGGCGUUUUACAAUCAAAAGAGUAAAGAACUGUGAGAUCGACUUGUUCAUUGUGCAAUCUGAUGGUCGGAAGAUCCUUGACUCAAGCAAGCAAGAUGCAUUGAUUUCUCGUUUAAGAGCAGAACUACAGCAACCUCUGAGAGUGGUAAUGAUGAACCGAGGUCCAGAUACUGAACUUUUAGUCACAAACCCUGUUGAGUUAUCAGGAAAAGGACGGCCACAAGUCUUCCACGACAUUGCACUUGCCCUAAAGAAGAUCAAUACCUGCAUCUUCUCGGCUGAAAUUGGAAGACACGUGACAGGAGACAGAGAAUGGGAGGUGUACAAAGUUUUUAUCAACGAAGAAGACAGCUUACCGGUUACGAGGAGCAAGAUAGAAGAACAAGUGUGGAAUACUUUGAUGGGUUGGGAGUGAAAGCUUGAGACUUCAGGACCAUUAGCUAACCUCAGACUCCUUUCAAGAGUAUGACUGUAAUGCCAAGGAGUAUGUAGAUAAAGAUGACAUGAGGAAAUUUAUCCGAUAAACCGGAUUUUCUCUAAUGAUGCAGUGUAUAAAAUAUAGUUUUGAGUGCUCGUUUUUUCUGAUGAAAGAGAGAUUGUAAGUAGUUAAGAAGAAUGUUGUAAAUGAGAGUGGUUUUGUAGAAAGAAACUCUAAGCUUUUUUGUUCUUGCAAGGGAAAUGGGUCUUUUGAGGAAAUCUUUUGUGUCUUCUUCUUUUCGGGUUAAAUGGGCCAAGUGUGAAGCCCAAUAGUGAGAGUGGCUAUUUCGUAAUACAAUACUUAAUGAGGGGUAAAAAGGCAGAAGGAGAAAC